UGCUUUGAAACGUCUUGAUUCUUGAGAAACCUCAAGCUUUCACAUUUCUUCAACUCUUCUUUCUAUUCUGCUUCACUUAUAUAUAAGGAAGAAGAGUAGCAUUAAUAUUAAGUAAUGUCUUCCAUUAACCCCGAAUCACAAUCAAUGGCUCAAGAUCAUAAAAAGAAUGGUCAUGGCAGCCAUAAACAAGAGAAUUGCGUGAGGGUCAUUGAAGUUGUACUGAGGUUCACUUUGUUCUUAACAGCUUUAGCUCCCGUUAUACUCCUUGCCACUAGUAAGCAAACGGUGUUUUUUCGACUACCGUUCCCUCCUUAUGGAAUGUCAGUUUCUGCUAAAUUCACUACUAUGCCUGCCUUGGUGUAUGAAAUUUCAGCGCUUUCGGUGGCUUGCUUAUACAGCAUCAUCACAGGGCUCUUAGCCCUUUUUUCUUUUAUGAAGGGAGCAAACAGAUCAGCAAAACUAACGUUUACUAUUUUUGUGAUGGAUUUGCUACUAGUUGGGAUCGUAGCAGCAGCAGCAGGAGCAGGAGGAGAAGCUGCAUACAUAGGACUUAGAGGAAACAAAGCUGCAAAAUGGCCCAAGAUCUGCACUGUCUAUGAUACCUUUUGUCUUCAUGUCGGAUUCUCUUGCCUCAUUUCAAGCUUUGCAGCCAUGACACUAAUAUCUCUUAUUGUUCUCUAUGUUCUUAGCCUUUCACCUUAAUCAGAACUACUGAUAUACUUCUAAACGUGGCCGUGUUUCUUUAUACUAUAUGCCGUGUAUCUUUA